GUGAUGAAGAUCUUUUGUGCCAUCCUUGGUGAAGACGGUGGUGUAUGCCGCGUCGAACUCGACUCCAACGCUAUCGGGCUCGACUUGGUGGAAGCGAUCAAGGAAGAGAACACAGACCUGACGUGUCCUGCACGGAAGAUUCGCGUUUUCAUGGCCAAA